UCCGCUGCGUGUUCCGGUCCUUUCGCGUGCUCUGUAGAGGAGUCGCGUGUGCCGUAAUCAUGGCUCUCUAUAACUUUAAAAAGAUUAUGGUGGUUCCCACCGCUAAGGACUUCAUAGAUUUGACUUUAUCCAAAACCCAACGAAAAACUCCCACUGUCGUACACAAACACUAUCAGAUCCACCGAAUUAGACAUUUCUAUAUGCGUAAAGUCAAGUUUACCCAGCAGAACUACCACGACCGGCUGUCUCAGAUCCUCACAGACUUCCCCAAACUGGACGACAUCCAUCCCUUCUACGCUGAUUUGAUGAAUGUCUUGUAUGAUAAAGAUCAUUAUAAACUGGCUCUGGGUCAGAUCAACAUCGCCAAGAACCUUAUUGACAAUGUUGCUAAAGAUUAUGUGCGGCUUAUGAAAUAUGGUGAUUCACUGUAUCGCUGCAAACAGCUGAAGCGGGCAGCAUUGGGUCGCAUGUGCACCAUCUUAAAAAGACAGAAACAAAGCCUGGAGUAUUUGGAACAAGUGCGGCAGCAUUUAUCCCGUUUACCCACUAUUGACCCGAACACCAGAACCCUGCUGCUGUGUGGAUACCCCAAUGUUGGAAAGUCCAGCUUCAUCAACAAGGUAACCCGUGCUGAUGUGGAGGUCCAGCCAUACGCCUUCACCACUAAAUCUUUGUUUGUGGGUCACAUGGAUUACAAAUACCUGCGCUGGCAAGUUGUUGAUACCCCUGGAAUCCUGGAUCAUCCUUUGGAGGAAAGGAAUACUAUUGAAAUGCAGGCCAUCACCGCUCUGGCUCACCUGCGCGCCGCUGUGCUUUACGUCAUGGAUCUGUCGGAGCAGUGCGGACACUCACUUUCCCAACAGUUGGAGCUGUUCAACAAUAUACGACCACUGUUUGCCAACAAGCCUCUGAUCGUGAUGGCUAAUAAGUGUGACGUGAAGAAGAUCAGCGAACUCUCUGAAGAGAAUCAGAAAAUCCUUGCAGAUCUCAACACUGAUGGGAUCACAGUGAUUGAGACGAGUUCCUUGACAGAAGAGGGAGUGAUGCAGGUGAAGACUGAGGCAUGUGAUCGGCUGUUGGCACACCGUGUGGACACAAAGAUGAAGGGUAAAAAGGUCCAUGAUGUUCUUAACAGACUCCACCUGGCAAUGCCCACCAAGAGAGAUGAAAAGGUAAGACCUCCAUUUAUUCCAGAGGGGGCACUGAUCCGCAAGAAGGCGAUGGAGACUGAUGCUCCCAAACGCAGACUGGAAAGAGACCUGGAAGUUGAGCUUGGAGAUGAUUACACAUUGGACUUACAGAAAUACUGGGAUUUGAUGAAUCCAGAAGAAAAGCAGGAUAAGAUUCCUGAAAUUUGGGAGGGACACAAUAUUGCUGACUACAUCGACCCAGAUAUCAUGAGGAGACUGGAGGAUUUGGAACGGGAAGAGGAACUGCGCGAGAAGGCCGGAGAGUACGACUCUGAUGAAGAAAGUGAGGACGAGGAGAUGAAGGAGAUUCGACAGCUGGCCAGUCAGAUUCGAGAAAAGCGGAAACUGAAGAUUCUCGCGUCCAGAGAGAAAGAUACACAGGGACCCAGAAUGCCCCGUACAGCCAAGAAGGUGGAAAGAGCAACUCUUGAGAAGGAGAUGUCUGAUCUGGGAUUGGACAUGACUCAAAAAGAUGAUAGUCACUACGCUCAGAGGUCUCGCUCUCUGGUGCGAAAAAGGAAGAGGGAAGUGUCAGCCCCACCAACAUCACGUACCCGCAGUCAGAGUGCCUCAAAACCUCCAAGGGACCAAUCAGGAGUCAGAGAUCCGAAGAUGUUGAAGAAGGUGAAGACCAUGAUGAAGAGCUCACAGAAGGAUAUGAACAAACAGGGCAGGAAGGGAGAAUCUGACCGACAUGUCUUUGACCUCAAGCCUAAACAUCUCUUUUCCGGGAAGAGGAAAUCUGGUUCCACCAGUCGCAGAUAAAUGCAGCCUUGCUCGAUCAUUACGACUCUGAUUUACACCUGAACCUAUAUCUUUAAUAAAUAUGUUAUAACCUGUACCCUUCAUUCAUUCUUUCUGAUACGGAUGGCAGCAUAUCCUGUAAAAAUGAAAGAAUGAUUAGUUAUUGACAUGGAUGGCAUCGUCCUAAGUAUCGGAUAUCAUACUGGGGAAUGAUUUUGAACAGAAAAAACUGAUCUGAGUACAGAUUUAUAAAAAAUACUGUUGUUUUGCAACUGAAGCUAAUGUAUGCAGAUGGAGUUAAAUAAACCAAAUAAUUCAACCUCAAAUUUACGUGUGACGG